ACAUCGCAUAUGCUUAUUAAUGCGAACUUAUACACAUGGCUAACAGUUCGCCUGGGCUCGUCACCGCUUUGUCGGAGAGCCGUAGAUUUUCAAGUUUUAUCAGCGACACAUUUCGCAUUUUGCCAAAGUAUAAUUUGAUAAUAUCACAACACGAAGAUUGCAUAUUUGCAUUUCCACACCCACAAAAUGGCAAUAUUGAGGAUGUUUUCUUAAGCAACAACUUCGUGGAAGGUGAAGGAAAAGAAGUGGCAAGACAUUUCUUUCAGAGGCUAUCGAUUUCAGAUCGCUCGGCGGUAUGUCUUCUGGAUGCCAAUGAGGAGGACUUAUACACUCAACCUAAUAAAGGGAAACACUGUGUAUAUCUUGCUGGUGGUAUAUCUACCUUUUCUGUGAGUAAUGAUUGCGAAACACUUGCGGUUGCUCUACGCAGUGGGCUACUUUGUUAUUAUGGAAUUAUAUCCCAAGGUAGCAGCAUAUAUCUGGAGCGUCGUCAUGAGAUUAAGGUCAACACGAAGAAUGUCAGUAAAAUGACCUUUGAUUCAACUGGCGCCUAUUUGGCGUGCGGAGCCGUCGAUGGUACGGUGGCAGUGUUCCAGGACGGAGCUCCUCUGAAAACUUUCCAUCAGCAGGACGGGCAAAUAAGUGUUUUGAGAUUUGUUCCAAAGAGUGUUACAUUGCUUGCUGGAUCCCAAAAUGGCGAUAUUGUGAUGUAUUGUUUGAAGAAAAAAAAUCCUGUAGCAACUUUUCGAGACCAUCUGAGUUAUGUGAAUGACAUUACAUUUUUAGUGGCUGAGGAUGGAUCUAGUGCAGGUUUCGUUUCUUGUUCUCGUGAUUCUUACAUUUGCUUUUGGUCACUGGAUUUGAAAAAGAGUGAUCUUAAGGAAGCUAAGAAAUCUGGUACUCUGUUGACCCGCAAUCCUUUUAAGCGUAUAAUACUAUUUGAAAGUGUAUUAUCGGUGGGUAUAAUCACUCAUGGUUUGGCGAAUAAAGGAAACUCACCAUGGGUACUUUUUUUAGCUACUGAAUCUGGAGUACUUAAACUUAUAGACCCGUCAAGUGAGAAAACACUCUUGGCACGUAAAGUCACAUAUGGACAAGGUGAUGAAUUGCGAUGCGCCACAAUUUCUAAAGAAACAAAUGAAAUAUUAGUGCUCGGAUCAUCUGGUAGUUUAUGCUUUUAUUCAGUUAAUCUUGAACUAAGGCAUCAGCUCCUAGGUAACAUAGAUGGUGCGUAUCAGAUGCUUUACUACAAAGAUUCUGAUACUAUAGAUUUGUCUGGUAUUUCAGAUGUUAUAGGAGGUACUGAUAGUACUGAAACUUCAAAAUCAACGGAUGCCACUACAAAUGAAUCUUCUGUUACGAAUGAGAAGAAGACAAAAAUUAGUAAAAACGAACGCAAACAGGCUAAAAAUACUGCAAAAGAUUUAGUAAAUAAGGAAUGUGACUCCUCCUCGGUAUCAGAAAACAUUUCUGCUGUACCUGAUGAUGAGUUCCAGAGGCGUGAUUGGAUGCACUCACUUCGUUGGCUAAAGAGACAGAUAGCCAAAGGUAUAGAUGUCAUUUUUAUUUUGUGUGGUGAUGAUGCUAUUCGAAUGCUCGCUUUAGACGGCUGUGGAACCUGUAUUACAUUGGGUUUAUUGGACGAAAAUCAUCGACACCAGGACACUGUUCUAUCACUUGCAUAUUCGCAUAGCGGUAACAUCCUCGUUUCCGGUAGUAAGGAUGAGCAUGUUUUCAUUUGGGAUCUUCGAACUUUGACCGUCGUAACGAAAGUGAAGCUAGACGGUCUCAAUGUUGCUUGUGUUGCAAUUCCCAGCGUUAUAACCAGUUCCUCCACGCAAUUGAAGUUGAUUGCCACCGGUGACAACGUGAUGAAAUCCUUUGAUAUACCUCUCUGGUGGCUAUCACAAGGUAGAAAUGGCUCAACUUCAGCGUCUGUUUGUAACAACGAGAUUGUCGUUAUAUCGACCUCUGCCGCCUCCGCUGUAAGACACAGGAAGCCCAUCAAUGCUAUCGCAUUUUCACCCAAUAAAAAGUUAAUUGCCUCUGCUGGAAGUGACAAGAUAGUGGUUAUCUAUGCCACUGAUAAUUUGAUAGUCAAGGGUGAAUGCCAUGGUCACCGACGAUCUGUAAUUUCUGUGGCGUUUACGGCUAUUGCCAAGACUGUGGUAAGUUCAUCUGUGGAUAUGACCAUCAAGAUUUGGAACUUGAAUGACUUUACCUGCAUAAAGACGCUGCAAGGUCAUACAAAAGCGGUGAUGAAAGUGUUGCUUCUACCGAAUGACCUCCAAUUGAUGUCGGUUGGUAUGGACGGUUUGCUCAAAAUCUGGAACAUCAAAACAUCGGACUGUAUAUUCACAGCGGAUAACCACGCAGAUAAGGUGUGGAACGCCGAUAUAAUUGGAGAGAAAAUGCUGAGCAUCUCCGGGAAUGGCGUUUUGAUAUCUUGGGAUGACGUUUCAGCGGAGGUUGAGUCAAAGAAACUAAUGGAAGAACGUGAUGAAGAGCUGAAGCGGACCCAGGUUGAGAGUUUGGAUGCAGAUGGCAAAUACAGUGAGGCAUUGUGCCUCGCUUUGGAGCUCAGGAAACCGCAUAUGGCUAGCAAGAUACUCAAGCGUCGUUGUACUACACAGCUCUUUCGUGUAGAAAAGGAUCAUGAGAUUGAAGGUGACCUUUUCCAAUCAUGGGUGAAAGGCAUGAAGAAAUCCACGGAUAUUAAGCGUAUGCUGACUGUAGCCUUUGAUUUCAUACAACUGUGGAUAUCCAAGGGUUCUACUAGCUGGAUGGCAAAUUGUCUGUUAUCUGAGCUUCUGAAACAAUUUAAACCCUGCGAGUUAUUUGUCGUUGAGGGCAUGUCAAAUCGCAUUGAGAGCCUGUUGGCGUACCAAGCAUCUCACCUCACCCGUUUUAUCAACUUAUCGGAGAAAUCGCAUUUAUUGGAUGUUUUGUUAGGUUACAACAAAGCAAGUCAGCCUGAGCCUAGUAGUCAUGCGCUAACGUAUGAUGUGCUCUACAAUUAACUUUAACGUUAAUUUGGUCCACUGUUAUUCGCUAUGUAUCGGAAG